AAGAAACUAUUGAUUUUUAAACGGAGAAUUUAUUUAAGUUUCUUAUAUGCACAGUUGCAUAACUGAAAGGGGAAUCAGUGGUUUGUGUAAACGUAGUCGUUGGUCUAUACCCCCACAUGAUAAUAUCAUAAAAUCAAGCACAAAGUGAUAACCUUUUAAUGACACCGAUAGUGUAAAAAUAAGUAUUUUAACAAAAAAAUGGCCAACACCUUCAAAUAUCUCAACAAAUUAAGCCAAAGUUAUAGGUCACUGUCUACAACUGGUAGCAAAAAUGAUGCGUGGUUAUCUAAGAUAUUUGUACGAAAAAUUGAACCUACCAAAGAAUCCCAUAGUAGAAUGUUGAGCGAUAAAGAAAUUAUUUACUCUUUACAAACCCAUAACUAUAGGCCUGAUUCUAAAAUUGCUUAUUUACAAAAUGUUAAAAACACGGUUGAUUUUGUAAAAUCAAAAGAUUCCCUAUCGAAAGAGGUCGAAUUAGUUGGUUCUUGGACUGUAAAUGUGGGUGAUCAAGAUCAAGCUUUACAUCUGUGGAAGUUCACCGGAGGCUAUCAAAUGAUCGAUACUUAUAACGAAGUCGUAGGUAACAGCAAGGAUUUUCAACAACUGAACGAAGAACAAGGGAAAAUCGUCAGAUCUCGUCAUUUACAGUAUCUUUUAGCGUUUAGUUACUGGCCGCAAAUUUUGUUGAGACAACCGAAAAAUAUUUAUGAAAUUCGUAGUUAUGCACUUAAACCAGGUACAAUGAUCGAAUGGGGCAACAACUGGGCUAGAGCUAUCAAUUACAGGCAAAAUAAUGAUGAAGCUUUUGCUGGAUUCUUUUCACAAAUCGGUCGAUUGUACAACGUUCAUCAUAUUUGGUGUUAUAAUAGUUUGAACGGUAGAAAAGAGACCAGGGAAAGUGCAUGGAGGUCUCCUGGAUGGGACGAAUGUGUAGCUUAUACAGUUCCUUUAAUUAGAGAGAUGCAUUGUAGAAUAAUGGUCCCGACUGAAUUUUCCCCAACUCAAUAAAUCUUACGUCAAAGUUUAGAUCAGAAAUUAAUUAAAAAAAGUUCACUCGUGAGAAAAUAGUUGAAAAUUACUUAUAAUACAUAUCUUCCACAAUAUAUAUUGUGUUUUUAGUAGAAUUUUCUGGUGAAUGAGUGAACCGUUGCUGUGGGACGUUUGAUAAGUUGAUCACGCAAUAGCAACACUUAUAAUAACAAAUCUGGUAACAAAGUAGACCGAACAUCAAUUUUAACCAUGUUUUUACUCAGUUACAACGUUCUAAUUCGCGUUUCAAUAACCAAGUUAUCAUCUUCAAAAACUGUCUCUAAAGAUGACAAUUUGGUUAUUGAAACGCGUGUAAUUAUGACUAUUAUUGCAGUAGUACCGUGAACAAUAUAUUACCGUAUCGAUUGUUAAGUUUCCAGUUUCAUUUAUACAUUUCUUAUUCAUAAAUAGAUAUUAGUCAGUUGACGUUUGAUAGGUAAUAGUUGUCAUAUGUCAAACAAUUCUAGUGGCUCCAUCGCACGGAAUAUAUUGUGACUUAUCAAACGUCUUUGUAAUAUAUGAAGCUUCUGUCAAAUUUUAGAGGUUAUAACUUGACAUUUAUAUCGAUAGUCAAUUAUUUAUAUAUCAUGGGAUAUAUUUCGUGUAAAUGCCAGGAUGUAAUUGCUUCUAUUUUAUUUAUUAAUGGUAUUAAAUUACAAAAAUCGAGGGUAUAUUACAAAGUGUAUUGUCUUAUUGAAUAUAGAAAAAAAACUUAUGUAAUUUGUAUUCAGAUUUGUUUCAUAUUAUUCCGUAUAUCUGUCCGGUUUAGAAUCAAAAUAUAUUCAGGCUAAUUUCGCGUUUUCGAGAUUUCAGAAUCCAUUUAUCGGAAAUUAGUACUUCCGCUAUUGUCAAUAAUUGUUCGACUUCCGGUUUCGUUUUUUGUAUUAAAUUUAUGAAUUAUACGAAUACGAAUAUAGAAUUUCAUAUGAAAAUAUAUGGUGUAGACAUGUAUGUUAUAAAUGUAGCGAAUUUAGAUAACCUAACCUAAAAAAUUUAUAAGAAGAGACGCACUUUUUCAAUAGCGCUUCCAUUAAAAUCCACCCCGAUGCUAAUACGGCGCCGGUAAUAAUGGCAACUCGAUGGAAAUAAAAGACCGAUGUGAAAGCGGGAAAUGGAGAUACUUCAGUCUCCAAGGACUACCAAAGUCACGUUUAUUGAUCCAAAAAGCGAAUCUAUCGCACAAUUCUCCACUCUGUUGUCAUGUACGCUAGCAAGACUUGGGGGUGUUGAACAGUAUUGAACACUUGAGAGCGAAAUAUUAUCUCACGCUGAAUAUAUGGCGCAGUCAUAGCUCUAACGAAGACCCUAGAGCGUAUGCGUGAGAAGCGGAGAGUGCGCAAAACGUUCCGGUACAAGCCUGUGCGACCGCGCAAACGAUGUCCGGGUGAUAUCGAAUAGGAAGUAGGUGUAAGAAUGUGGAAACGUUGAGUGUUGGACCGUGAUCAUUGGAUGAAUGUGGUGGACGAGACCAGGGCUCUUCGAGGGCCGUAGUACCAGUGGUUUUAGUAGUAGCCACCCUUAUUUAACGCACUUUGACGUACACUUUUAUAUCUUUGGUUCAGGUUCGCUUAAAUUACACGAUUUUAGUGACGAUUAGUAUAAUAAUGGCGCUGCUCUAAGGAUAAACUUGUUGUUCCGUGAUUGACGUUUAUUAUGUCAAGCUUUAGAGGCGCCGCGUGUUUUAUAGCGGGAAUUUUUACCAUUUUAAAUUGUCAGGUAUGUUUUAAUCUUUAUAUAUUAUUAUGAAUUAACCAAUUAACUAAUUCAUCCUUUAUUUUAUUUUUUAUAAAUUUAUCAGCUGUGUAGGUACGUCCACAAAAUAAGGUUCUCAAGCAGAUACGUACGCUAGGAACGAUGUUAGACAGAUUUUAUGAAACUAGCGUAUAUUUUAACUCCUUUUCUACCAGUUACCUCCCCGACGAGUGUCUCCGACGUUCCUUAUAGUCUUGAUGGCCGUGAUAUAUGGAACUCCCUGUUGAUUCUCACGCCAGGUGCGUCUUAUGCCCUGUAAUUCAUUUCUCGUAUCCUCCGAUGGACGUUCAAGUGAUUACGUGGAAAAAUUAAAGCUAAAAGAUCGUUUCGGGGCAUCAGCGAGAUGAUUCCUGAUAACAACAAAUUCACAUCAUUUUGAAAAAUUGGCGUAUGGCGACGGCAACGUGUAGAAGCGUCCCGCGAAUUUCUUCACGUCUACGAAACCGACUCUGUUGUCACUGAGGAAUAGAUCUGGGUUCGCUAUCUCACACCGGAAACAUAAGAAUAAUCCCCUUAGUGGAAAAAUCUCAACUCGCUGAAGCCGAAGAAAUUGGGAUAGCAAAAGAUUGUUGUCCAUUUGGGUGGAAUAAUAUUUCACACUUACAGCUCAGACUUGAACCCUAGUAAUUAUCAUCUCUUUCCUGAAGUAAAUAAUCACUUGAAAGGGUGGAGUUUAUUAUUCAAUGCCAAUAAACAAUGCUUUUUUAUUGUGAAAAUUCGUUGGGAAUCUUAUUUUAUGGACAAGUCUCGUAAAUAUAUUUUUGUUUCCAAUUAA